GCCUUCACAAAUCAAGUCUACAUUGUCCGACAGAAAUAGAUACCAGUCGCGGCAGAAACCCAACACUGACCGCCCUCACCACCGCCAAAAGCGGCAGAACCUAGUCGACCUCGAUGAAAAAGCCUCGGAUUUAGUCGGCUUUUAGAACGUACAGCUCCCCAAACACUCAAGGUGGAAUCUGUAUAAAAUAUGACCGCCUUUUGGUGGUAUGGGCAGAAAAUGGUCGCUGCUGUUCACAACAUGGUGAUGGAUAGUACGGGACUCGAGCCUGGACUCGGCCAUGGCUCACCCAAUGAUAUUACUCCCUACGUUCCAGCCAAUGCUCGGCUGAGUCAGAGGACAACCCCCCCCACUGCAGUCAGGCAUCGGCAUUCUGACCCCGAUUCAUCCGACAUUCCCAAGUAACACCGCCCGGAUGCCGGCGGAGGGAAGUAGUAAGUGGUCGAAGAUCAUUUACGUCUCGGAGUUGUACGCAUGUGUAGCUCCGGUGGGGGAUUCGUCAAUCAUUCUUACUCAAUA